AUGGUGCCCCUAAUCAGCCUGGCCACGAGCCUGGCCGGAGGCUGGAGCUGUAUAGGUUUUGCCAUCCUGGUGCUGCUCCAGUGUUGCUCUGCAUACAAACUGGUUUGCUACUACACCAGCUGGUCCCAGUACCGGGAGGGUGCUGCAAGAUGCUUGCCAGAUGCCAUCGACCCCUUUCUCUGCACUCACGUCAUCUACAGCUUUGCCAACAUAAGCGACAAUGAGAUCGAUACCUUCGAGUGGAAUGAUGUGACGCUCUAUGACACGCUGAACUCACUCAAGAAAAGGAACCCCAACCUGAAGACCCUCCUAUCUGUCGGAGGAUGGAGUUUUGGCUCUCAGAGAUUUUCCAAACUGGCCUCCAACACCCAGAGUCGCAGGACAUUCAUCAAGUCAGUGCCACCCUUUCUGCGGACCUAUGGCUUUGAUGGGCUGGACCUGGCCUGGAUCUACCCUGGACGGAGAGACAAGAGGCAUUUCACCACUCUGGUCAAGGAAAUAAAGGAUGAGUUUGAAAAGGAAGCCCAGUCAGGAACAGAACAGCUCCUGCUCAGUGCAGCUGUGUCUGCAGGGAAGGUCAACCUUGACCUUGGCUAUGACAUCCCCCAGAUAUCCCAAUACCUGGAUAUCAUCAACCUCAUGACCUAUCAGUUUCAUGGAGCCUGGGAUCAGACCACAGGACAUCACAGUCCCCUGUACAAAAGCCAGGAGGAUGCAAGUCCUGACCGAUUCAGCAAUGCUGACUAUGCUGUGGGGUACAUGUUGAGGCUGGGGGCUCCAGCCAAUAAGCUGGUAAUGGGCAUCCCCACUUUUGGGAAGAGCUUCACCCUGGCCUCCUCUGAGACGGGAAUUGGAGCUCCAAUCUCGGGGCCAGGAAUAGCAGGCCGCUUCACCAAGGAAGAAGGCAUCCUCGCCUACUAUGAGAUCUGUGACUUCCUCCACAGAGCCACAGUUCAUAGACUCCAUGGCCAAAACGUCCCCUACGCCACAAAAGGCAACCAGUGGGUGGGGUACGAUGAUCCAGAAAGCAUCAAAAUCAAGGUGCAGUACCUGAGGAACAAGCAGCUGGCAGGUGCCAUGGUCUGGGCCCUGGACUUGGAUGACUUCCGAGGCUCUUUCUGUGGCCAGAAUCAGCGCUUCCCUCUCACAGGCACCAUCAAGGAUGCUCUCCUUGCAGCUUAG